AUGCAGGUCACGUUGGCCAUCUUCGCUGCUCUCUCUGGGCUCGCGCUCUCCAGCCCCCUCCCCGGCGCGGACUCGGUCUCGUCCGUCAACUUGAACGUGGCGAGGGGCCUCUUCUGCUCGCAGACCUGCUGCUCAGGUCCCCAGACGUCCGGUGCUUGCGACUGCAACGUCUUUGGCUGCAACUGUACCUGGGCUACUGGCGCCUUCACCAGACUGGGCUCCAAGGUGAAUUCAACCUCCUUUCCGCAUGCCGACAGCAGAUUGGCCCGGAGCACAACGUGUACUAAUGCGAUUGGUGAUUCUAAUGCUGAUUCAGUGCAUCUUUAA